GGAAAGGCCGCGUGUUGCGAGGGGGCGGGGCGAGUCGCAGAAGCAAGAUGGCGGCGCUCAGGGCGGCGUUGUGCAAGGUCGCUCGUCCGGCCGGUCGACUGUCAAACGCGAGAUGGAAUUCUAGUGUCACUCCACCUACUGUGCGCCCUGUGGAUGUUGGGGAGCGGACCAAGCUGGCGACCUUCGGAGAGUACGUGGCAGAGAUCCUGCCCAAGUACGUGCAGCAGGCACAGGUGACGAGUCAGAACGAGCUGGAACUGCUGAUCCACCCCGAGGGAGUUGUGCCUGUCAUCAGCUUUCUCAACGACCACACCAACGCCCAAUUCACCAACCUCACGGAUCUCACCGGGAUCGAUGUGCCCACACGCACACACCGCUUUGAGGUGGUGUACAACCUGCUGUCAGUGCGUUUCAACGCCAGACUGCGGGUGAAGACGUACUGCGACGAGCUGACGCCGCUCGACUCACUCUGUGGCGUGCACAAGGCAGCCGACUGGUACGAGAGGGAGGUGUGGGAUAUGUUUGGUGUGUUCUUUGCCGCCCACCCGGAUCUCCGUCGCAUCCUCACCGACUACGGAUUCCAAGGACACCCCUUCCGCAAGGACUUCCCACUGUCAGGGUUCGUGGAGGUGCGCUAUGACGAUGAGCUCAAGCGAGUGGUCGCCGAGCCGCUGGAGCUCAGCCAGGAGUUCCGCAAGUUUGACCUCAGCUCGCCGUGGGAGACGUUCCCGGCUCACCGGGGGGCCCUGGACACCCCCAAAGACACCCCCAAACAAGUCUGAGUGUGGACAGCCCCCCCAGCCCCCCCAGCCCCCCCAGCCCCCCUCCCCCGUCGCCUCGAACCCCCGCAGAAUUCCACAAAAGGCCCCGGGUUCGCCCACGGUAUUUAAAGCGUAGCAUUGUGCGAUGCGGGUCUUGCUUAGCGGCCCCCCACCACGCUCAUUGCUCAUCACCCCCAGCCGCUGUGCCCCCCCCCCCCCCGUGCGUUCGAGUUCAUCGAUCAGCUGUAGCUAUCAGCGGUAGCUGUCAGCGGUAGGUAUCAGCGGUAGCUGUCAGCGGUAGCUGUCAGCGGUAGCUAUCAGCUGUAGCUAUCAGCGGUAGCUGUCAGCGGUAGCUGUCAGCGGUAGCUAUCAGCGGUAGCUAUCAGCGGUAGCUAUCAGCUGUAGCUAUCAGCGGUAGCUGUCAGCGGUAGCUGUCAGCGGUAGCUGUCAGCUGUAGCUGUCAGCGGUAGCUAUCAGCGGUAGCUAUCAGCUGUAGCUAUCAGCUGUAGCUAUCAGCGGUAGCUGGCAGCUGUAGCUGUCAGCGGUAGCUAUCAGCGGUAGCUGGCAGCGGUAGCUGUCAGCGGUAGCUAUCAGGUGUAGCUGUCAGCGGUAGCUGUCAGCUGUAGCUGUCAGCGGUAGCUGUCAGCGGUAGCUAUCAGCAGUAGCUAUCAGCUGUAGCUAUCAGCGGUAGCUGUCAGCGGUAGCUAUCAGCGGUAGCUGUCAGCUGUAGCUAUCAGCUGUAGCUGUCAGCGGUAGCUAUCAGCUGUAGCUAUCAGCGGUAGCUGUCAGCUGUUGCUAUCAGCGGUAGCUGUCAGCGGUAGCUAUCAGCAGUAGCUAUCAGCUGUUGCUAUCAGCGGUAGCUGUCAGCGGUAGCUAUCAGCGGUAGCUGUCAGCUGUAGCUAUCAGCGGUAGCUAUCAGCGGUAGCUGUCAGCUGUUGCUAUCAGCGGUAGCUGUCAGCGGUAGCUAUCAGCAGUAGCUAUCAGCUGUAGCUAUCAGCGGUAGCUGUCAGCGGUAGCUGUCAGCGGUAGCUGUCAGCGGUAGCUGUCAGCUGUAGCUAUCAGCGGUAGCUGUCAGCUGUAGCUAUCAGCUGUAGCUAUCAGCUGUAGCUGUCAGCGGUAGCUGUCAGCGGUAGCUAUCAGCUGUAGCUAUCAGCGGUAGCUAUCAGCGGUAGCUAUCAGCGGUAGCUAUCAGCGGUAGCUAUCAGCAGUAGCUAUCAGCGGUAGCUGUCAGCUGUAGCUAUCAGCGGUAGCUAUCAGCUGUAGCUGUCAGCGGUAGCUGUCAGCGGUAGCUAUCAGCUGUAGCUGUCAGCGGUAGCUGUCAGCGGUAGCUAUCAGCGGUAGCUGUCAGCGGUAGCUAUCAGCGGUAGCUGUCAGCGGUAGCUGUCAGCGGUAGCUGUCAGCGGUAGCUGUCAGCGGUAGCUGUCAGCGGUAGCUGUCAGCGGUAGCUGUCAGCUGUAGCUGUCAGCGGUAGCUGUCAGCUGUAGCUGUCAGCGGUAGCUAUCAGCUGUAGCUGUCAGCGGUAGCUGUCAGCGGUAGCUGUCAGCGGUAGCUGUCAGCGGUAGCUGUCAGCGGUAGCUGUCAGCUGUAGCUGUCAGCGGUAGCUGUCAGCGGUAGCUGUCAGCGGUAGCUGUCAGCGGUAGGUAUCAGCGGUAGCUGUCAGCGGUAGCUGUCAGCGGUAGCUGUCAGCGGUAGCUGUCAGCUGUAGCUAUCAGCGGUAGCUGUCAGCGGUAGCUGUCAGCGGUAGCUGUCAGCGGUAGCUGUCAGCGGUAGCUAUCAGCGGUAGCUAUCAGCGGUAGCUAUCAGCAGCAGCAUCAGAAAUAAUAAGCGUCAUCAUCAUUGGCAGCAUCAGCGGAAUAGUACGCAUCUUCAGCGGCAUCACCAUCACCACCACCACCAUCACCACCACCACCAUCAUCAUCACUACCACCAGCAGCAGCAUCAUCGGCAGUAGCAUCAUCAGCAGUAGCGUCAUCAUCAUCAUCAACAGCAGCAGCGUC